AAAGAGGUUCAAGCUGGUUGUAUUGUUUCAUGAGUGAUACUCUAGUAGCUGUGUCUUAAGGCGGUGAGGCAGGAGCUUUGACAUUCUGCCGGUCAGCGGAGCGGUCGGGAACAUGACGCGUGCCUUCCGGGGCUUGGCUUCGGCGGGCUGUGGACACUGCACUCACUGCAUCUCGCGGGGUGCUCGUUCAAGGAGUUGUCCACUGCAGCUGCCUGAUCCCAAGCAUUCCACUCACACAAGACAUUCAAGAUGGCUGAAGUGCCCAUUGUGCUCGAUGGCGGAACGGGUUUCCUCAAGGCUGGUUACGCCGGUCAGAACUUCCCCGAGCAACAGUACCCGUCCAUCGUCGGUCGUCCAAUCCUCCGUACCGAAGAGCAGGCUGGUCUGGACAUUCAGCUCAAGGACAUCAUGUGCGGUGACGAGGCAGCCGCCGCCAGAUCAAUGCUGCAGAUUACCUAUCCCAUGGAGAACGGUAUCGUCAAGCGCUGGGACGACAUGCAACAUCUCUGGGACUACACCUUCUUCGAGAAGAUGAAGGUCGACCCCACCGGCCGCAAGAUCCUCCUCACCGAACCGCCAAUGAACCCCUUGAAGAACCGCGAGAUGAUGGCCGAGGUCAUGUUCGAACGCUACAACUUUGGCGGCGUCUAUGUCGCCAUCCAAGCCGUGCUUGCCCUCUACGCCCAGGGUCUUUCCUCGGGUGUCGUCGUAGACAGCGGUGAUGGUGUCACCCACAUCGUCCCCGUCUAUGAGAGCACCGUCCUCAACCACCUUACCCGAAGACUCGAUGUCGCCGGAAGAGACGUCACACGCAACCUGAUUUCCCUCCUCACCCGCCGCGGUUACGCCCUGAACAGAACCGCCGAUUUCGAAACCGUCCGUGCUAUCAAGGAGAAGCUCUGCUACGUCUCGUACGAUCUCGCCCUUGACAAGCAACUCAGCGAAGACACCACCGUGCUCGUCGAAUCCUACACCCUCCCCGACGGCCGUGUCAUCCGUGUCGGUUCUGAACGUUUCGAAGCUCCCGAGUGUCUUUUCCAACCUCACCUCGUCGAUGUCGAACAACCCGGUAUCGCCGAAUUCCUCUUCAACACCAUUCAAGCUGCAGAUGUCGAUGUCAGAUCAAGUUUGUACAAGGCCAUUGUCUUGUCCGGUGGUAGCAGCAUGUACCCCGGUCUUCCCAGUAGAUUGGAAAAGGAGCUCAAGCAACUUUGGCUCACCAGAGUCUUGCAAGGAAACCCCGAGAGAUUGAGUAAAUUCAAGGUCAGGAUAGAAGACCCGCCGAGAAGAAGGCACAUGGUCUUCUUGGGUGGUGCCGUUCUCGCAAACAUUAUGGCCGACAAGGAAAGCAUGUGGAUAUCCAAGGCAGAGUGGCAAGAACAAGGUGCCCGUGCCCUGGACAAGUUGGGCGCUCGAUGAAGAAGAGAAGACGAGAAGUCCAAGCACCACAUCAUCAACAAUUAACGAAAUUCCAUCAAAUCACAAAUUCAAUACAAAAACCACAUUGUACAUUUUAUUCCAUGCAGUCACCAUUGCGAGUAACAAAAAGUGGAAGACUCGUGAUAAUAUCGGGAUGCAAAUGGUUAGGCAGGAUCAGCAAGAAAGUGAGGUGGUUCGAAAGUGAUAUGGGAAGAGGUAUUACAGCUUUUGAUCUAUUGUUUUGCAUGCAGUGACUUGCAAGCGUGCUGAUAUGAAUCUGAUGAUAUGCUCCACUUGGAAUUGUUGUGUUGUGUAGCAAAACAGGAGAGGGACAGAGGACAGAGGAUCAGAGAACAGGGAAGGGGAUAACAGCGAGUUAAUCGUGGAGGAAAGAUGGAAGAUUGUGUAGAUGGAUUAUGGAAGACCAUCCACCACCUACGCUUGACAUAUUCAGAGCCC